AUGGUGCUAAACCUUUUUUGUAUUGUUAUAAUAUUCCAGUUGUAUGUGACAUGCUUCACGAUAAGGAAAACAAAUGUAGUUAUUGGUAAAUAUGGAAGGAUAGCUAACGGAGGGGAAAAGGUUAAGUCCAAUGUAUUGGGAGUGAGGAAACAAUUUUUUACAUACAAAAGAUUUCAAGUUCAUUUAUCAGAUGAUGACAAAUUGAAAAAGAAGCAAGAACUAAAUGAAGGAAGAGGAAAUCUGGAGAGCUUUUACCAUAAGAAUUGUAACUUAUUCAAGAAAGCAUUUGGAUUUAUGAAAAGUGGUCUAACUUAUGUGCAGGAGAAUAUAUUAACAAAUUCGUUAAAAAGCCAGUUAACCAUUUCUAUAUCAUUUUUUCUUUUACAUUUUUAUACAAUAUCACGGCAUUUCCUCAUUUUAUUUCCAUAUCAGCUAAUUCCAAAUCAUUCAAAUAUCCUUAUGAGUCUAGAUUUGAACAAUACACUUUUUUUCUUAACGACCAUAUGUUUUUUAAAACGUUUGAAAAAGCAUUUCCACAGCUUUAAAAAGAGGUUACAGGUAAACGGGUUUACCAUCAAACUGCAGGAAAACAAGAAGAAAAACAUCCUUUCUGUAGCAUUCCUUUUGAUCGCUUCCUAUGUCUUGUCAGGAUAUGUAUCCAUAUACACGGAGCGAAUUUUGAGCCUUUGGAAAAUUUUCGUUCAUCCCGUAUCAGAGAACAUGGUGAAAUCGAUACAGAUCUUGACAGGACAUUUCAUUUGGGUAGCAUGCAGCAUCGUUGUGUUCAAAAGAUUUCUCUACCCAUAUUUUGUGAACAAUGAAAGCAAUUUAAAUUUUCGCUAUAAGGACAGUUGGUGUUUCGAUGUUGUGUAUGGAUACCUAUUUUCUCAUUUUGUAUUUAGUAUUGUUGAUGUUCUGAACAAUUUGGUCAUAAAUCACUUUAUGACAGAAGUAGAAGAUGAUAUAUACAUGGAUAAUAGCAUAGAUGACAUUGUCAACGGAAGAGAAUUUGUUUCAACAUUGUUAUGUAUAAUAAGUCCCUGUUUUAGUGCACCUUUUUUUGAGGAAUUUAUUUAUCGUUUUUUCGUGUUGAAGAGUUUGAAUUUGUUCAUGCAUAUACACUAUGCUGUUAUGUUCUCUUCUUUGUUUUUUGCCAUUCACCAUUUGAAUAUUUUUAAUUUAAUGCCCUUAUUUUUUUUAUCCUUCUUAUGGUCCUAUAUAUAUAUAUACACUGAUAACGUUUUAGUCACUAUGCUCAUUCAUUCCUUUUGGAACAUAUAUGUUUUUCUGACGUCUUUAUAUAACUAG